UUAUUCUUGCUCUGAGACUUUACGUUCUGCGAUCGAAAUGAUCGGAUGCUACUAUUGGACGAUACAUUGUCACGGCUCCAAGCUUAUCGUGUGCUUCAAGUUUAAUGGUUUAAAUUGUGUGUAUAUACAAUAGCGGGAGUACGAAAGGCGAUACGGGGCGAUCUCCUAAUCGUAUCAUAUGUAGAAAUUGCGCUUGUUCGUGAAUCGCGGCAUCUUGUACUUGUCGUGCCUGUCGGUUGAGUGAAAUUUUCGUCCGCGCAUGUUCGCCCGAGUGUUUCAAAAGAAUUCGUUACCCGCGCAGUAACGCCAGUAACUUGUACCUUCACAAACUUGCGUUUCUUUCGCAUUAUUUGUCACGUUAGAACGGAAUUAAGUGCGGGAUUAUCAUCGGCUGUCGUAUUAUGAAUUACCGUACGAUAUAUUUUAAUGAUCAGAUUGAUCAGUGAAUGAAUAAUUGUCAACGACGUAUCUUCGCGAGUGAAUCUUGUGCGGGUGUCAUGAAGAGGUAGCGUACGGUAAAUCGUGGUUUCGCGGAAUCUUGUAUCUCUCGUGUUGCUUUUUCGUCUCGAUACGAUAAAUUCGUCAUUCGUCAUGUGUGAUCGUCAUCGGAAAUGCUGUAUGAAGCAUCGCGCGAUCUUACGUUUCAAUUAUUAAUGUAGUAAUUAACGCGACGAAUUUUGCGCGAGUGUUGUAAAGUGAUACGAGAGAACAAAAACAGCAAAGAUUCGAGGGAAAGAGGAGAUCUGAUUGUGAGAAGCAUCAGGCAUCGGCAGAAUGGAUUAAUGCAAUUUCAACUUUGCUGUUGCACAUCAGUGUCGAAAUUUUACAGUAUGCAUAAGGGUCACUCAAUUAUUUUUUUAUACUUGUAAAAAUAAAAAUUAACAACGAACACUUAACGACGUGGUGCCUAAUAGAAGUUCUGAAAAAAGGUUUUAACUGUGACUCCUUAUUGUGAAGUACCUGAACAUAAGUUACGUCUUAUAUAUAAUUUAACAAAGUUGUCGUCAGAUAAAGAAGAUGUUAUCAUUGAGCAUGAACACGAAACAAUACGUAUGCAACUGUGUUCUCCAUUAAUUAAAAAAUGCAACAACCAAGAUGGUUAUGCGAUAUGCUUAAUAAAAAACAAUGUAGAAAAAGGAAUAGGAAGAUAUCCUCCUGUAUUAGAUAACAGUCAAGGAAGAAUUUUAUUUAACUUUACUGGUGACAGUUGUCCAUUUGGAUCCAAUUAUACAGUAACAGUUAUUAUGCUUUGUGAUUAUGACUCAGAGAAUAAUUCAUAUCCUGAAUUAUUUGCACAUGGUGAUAAACAAUGUAACUUAUACAUAGUAUGGAGGACAGUGUUAGCUUGUUUACCCAAAGUCCAAACAAAUUGUACAGUUGCCAAUGGAGGACAUUAUUACGAUCUAAGUCCUUUAACAAGAACUUCUGAAAAUUAUGUGAUUCUCGUAAAAAAUGAUACCAAAUCUAGAAUAGUUUUAAAUGUCUGUCACAAUGUAAUACAUCAUGGUGCUAUGUGUCCACUUAAUUCUGGAGCCUGUUUGGAUAAUCCUGAAAGUAUUAAUAGAUAUUCAAGUUUAGGAGACGUACAAAAGCCUCCUUUUUUCUCAAAUGGAAAUUUACUAAUAGAAUAUGAGAAUGGUGGGUUAUGCACACAAAAUAUUCCAGCUCAACAUAUAAAAACGACUAUUACAUUUAAAUGUAAUUUAGAAGCUACGGGUCCACCAGAAUACAUUGGAGGAAAAGAAGAUUGUCAUUAUCAAUUAAUAUGGUAUACUCCUGCAGCAUGCGAUAUUAAGACUCUACUUACUUAUAGUGCUAAAACCGCAGGAAAAUGUAUCGUAAGGAAUCCAGUUACAAAUUUCACAUAUACAUUGCAAACAUUAAUGUACAAAGAUUUUACUGUUACAAAUUUGAAUGGUACAGAAUACAAAUUUAGAGUUUGCAGUGAGCUUACAGAUAAUACAUGUGGAGAUAAAAAAACAGGUAUAUGUAAACAAGGUACAGUAUUAGGACAAGCUAGCACAAAUCUAAUAUGGCAGCAAGGAGGCCCUUAUUUGAAUUAUACCAAUGGUGAUUUAUGUGAAAAUGGAAUGCGUCACUAUACACUUAUCAGAUUUUUUUGCGAACCACAAGGUUCGCCCAGUCGGCCAUUGCUCAUAAAAGAAAAUUCUUGUCAAACCAUCAUACACUGGAAUACAGAUUUAGUUUGUGAGAAAAAAAUUAAAUGCGCUAUCGAUAAUAAUGACGAGAUUAAUUUAACUCCUCUUAUAAAAUCUACAAAUAACUAUGUCAUAAAAGCUAAUGAUACGGAAUUUCACAUAAAUAUAUGUCGACCGUUAGUUUCUACUCAAGGUCUUACAUGUGCACAUGGUAGUGCUGCUUGUAAAGUUUCAUUGACUUCAAAGAAUGAAUAUACCAAUGAAGUAAGUUUAGGAUUUCCUGAGGAUAGUCCAACAUUAAAUAAAGAUUUCCUAACAGUGUUACGUUAUACCAAUGGAUCACAAUGUCCCGAGAAUCCAGCUAAAACGAUUUCUUCAAAUUUCACAUUUAUUUGUAAUAAUAAUAAUCAGGGACUUCCAGUAUAUAAACACUAUAUUAAUUGUACUUAUGUAUUUGAAUGGAAUACUAGCAUAGCAUGUGGAGCUGUAAUAGGAAGUUGGUCGGCACCGUGUAUCAUAAGGGAUAAUUUCCUUUCAUAUGAAUAUGAUUUUUCUCUGUUAUACAAGAAGAAACAAAUAUAUUAUGUGAAAAGCAAACAAGGCACGGAAUAUGCUUUAAAUAUUUGUGGUGGAGAGAAAUAUUGCAGCGGUUCUGCUGUAUGUCACGAAGACAAUGGUUAUGGAUCGCUGAGAAGUGUGAUUUUUGAUUAUAGCCGUGACGAUGUGAAACUUAAAUAUUCAAAUGGCAGUAAAUGUAACAACAGUUCUUACACGUCCGAAGUAAGAUUUAUAUGUAAUGAAUCCAUGGGCAUUGGUGCACCGAAAAUGCUGUUGGAAUCGCAGUGUAGUGCAGAAUUCGAGUGGCACACUGAAGUCAUCUGCGCGAAACACGCUAGCUCUCGGAAUGCAUCUCAGGAAAAUGCAUCGUCCUCCAGGAUUCUGGAACAAUUUUCUUCUAGUCACGCUGGAGUCGUAGCUGGCGUAGUAUUAACUGUGAUCGCGGUGCUAGCCGCUUUAAUUUAUUUCCGAAAUCCAGUGGAAAGGGCAUGCUGUCGUCCCUGGACAAACCUGUUUAAUAGAAGAGGCACAGGUCGUGUCCAAUAUUGUAGAGUCGAUACCACUGAAGAAGCUAGACUUUUGCUCGAUGCUUCUGAUCCCACGCAGUGUCAAUCAGAUAGCGACGACGAUCUUCUAAAUGCAUAACGAUCGUUAUUGUGAUUAUUAUUAUUAUUAUUUUUAUUUUAGAUUGUAGAUUAUAAUUAUUGAUAUUUUCAGCAUGAUAUUUUCAAUGUUUCUACAAAUUGUCAAAUAAGACAUCUUAAAAACCCCAUAAAGAAUUAACUAAAUAAUACAUUACAUUGAUAAAUUGUGUUUUA